CCAUUGCAUAAAUUGCCAGGCAUCACGCUUUCCGGUGUCACAUUUUCCCACCUUCCAGCCCUUUUUUCUCUCAGUUUUUGCUGCUUCCUGGCAGGCCCAGCAUACUUUUCCUCUUCUUAUUUUGCGCCUGUCUACUGUCUACGACCUUGCGUUCUGGGCCAAUUCCAUAUUGCUGUAUUACUUUUUCGCGCAUCGGCCCUUGAGACUGUAUUUCAUUCUCAUUUCUGUGCUCACACCCCCUCUUUUAUCUUACACCUGGUCUAUUAACCAGACAAGCUCUUGACACCUCCCCUUCUUUUUUAUUAAGUUAUAGACUAUACCUUGUAUUACUCAAUAAUCAUGUCUAGUGUGCCGACGAUAUGUUCCGACACAGCUAGCGAGCCGCUGCUGCGCAAGGACCAGGGGCUGCGCACGCGCCUGCGCACGAAAUGGCUCGGCCUGGACCGUGUAAGCCGAACCGUAUUUCUUGCCUUUGGGCUGAUGAUCGGGCUGGCGCUUUCACUCCGCAUAGCCAUCGAAGUACUCCACCCAUUUGACAAUUGGCCAGGACCGCGCAUCACGCUGCCACCCGACCACGAUACGCUGAAAGACGACGAGUCGCGGCGCAGAUCCGUGCGCUCGGCAAUGAAGCACGCCUGGGACGGAUACCGCCAAUACGCAUUCGGCCACGACGAGCUCAAGCCGGUGUCCAAUGGCUUCAACGACAAGUGGGGCGGCUGGGGCGUGACAUUAGUGGAUGCCCUGGAUACGCUGUAUAUCAUGGAUUUAUAUGAGGAGUUCAAGGAAGGGGUCGCCCAUGUGGUGGAUGUCGAUUUUGGCAAGGCGCAGAGUGGCUAUACGACGCCGUUUUUUGAGAUGAUUAUUCGGUCGCUGGCGGGGCUACUGACGGCAUAUGAGAUGAGCAAUGACAGGAGGUUGCUGAAGAAGGCGCAGCAGGUGGGCGAUGCGCUGUUCCCGGCGUUCAACACCACCACUGGGAUUCCCUAUCCGCGCGUCGAUGUCAAUCGAGGCACAGCAGUGUCGUCCAGCCAUGUAUGCCUGGCCGAAGCCGGCACUGUGCAGCUCGAGUACUGGAAGCUAUCGGAGCUCACAGGCAAUGACAAGUACCACCAGGCAGCACAGCGUGUGGUAGAUAUCCUAGACAAGGCCGACAAGCCGUACCCAGGCUUAUAUCCUAUCUGGAUCGAGAUUAGCUCGGGCAAAAUGACCUCGGGGCAGAUUACGUUUGGCGGACAGGGGGACAGCUGGUACGAGUACAUGCUCAAGCAGUACCUCUAUGGACGACAGAAGCAUGAGCAGUACAAGCGCAUGUAUAUCGAGUCGAUCGAUGCCAUGAAGGAGAAGAUGAUUCGCACAUCAAUCUAUGAAUCGAACAUGGUGUAUCUGGGCGACCUGGACUCGACGGCGACAAAGUUCAAUCCCAAGCUGCAGCACCUGACUAUGUGCUGUUCCGUGACCAGAGCAACAAGGGUCUAUCGCCAGACAAGGACAAGAACGACUUUGAAAUUGAGGACCUGUCAGCAGCAAGUGGGUUCGAGAAACGCUAUGGGUUUUACUUUGGCAACGAUCCGCAGCUACAUUUUAAGGCCCGAGACUGUCGAGAGCCUGAUGGUCCUGUAUCGCACGACUGGCGACGCAAAGUACAAGGAGUGGGGAUGGCAGAUUUUCCAGUCAAUCGAGGCGUUCACCAAGACAGGGACGGCAUACUCGGCAUACAAGGACGUCAUGUCGGCCAACGCUAGCUCGCAGUGGUCCGACUCGAUGGAGUCAUUCUUCUUGGCUGAGACGCUAAAGUAUCUGUAUCUGCUGUUUUCGCCUGUAGACUACUACUCACUUGACGAGUAUGUGUUCAACACCGAGGCACAUCCGUUCAAGAUCCACCGCAGUGGGUCGUUCUAAUUCUGCUAUGCGAUUUUACUUUAUUUAUUUUCGCUAUGUCUUUCCUACGAGUAGUAACACAUGUUUUGUUUU